AUGUGGAUGGCAAAAGAGGACACAGAAAUCAUCAGCAACCAGGCUCGAUUUGACCAGGGUUCUUCUGGGCUGAGUCUCUCCCUGUUCAACUUGGAACCUCUGAGAGACUCCCUCGUCCACUUUUCCCUCUCUCACAAUGCCAUCUCCGCCUUCCCUGAGCAAUUCUCCAGAUCCUUCACAAGGCUUGCCAUCCUUGACCUGUCCUUCAAUAAUAUCUCAGAUGUGCUAGUUGGUGGGUUCAGAGACAUGCCGCGUCUACAACAUCUGGACUUAAGCAACAACCUUCUUCAUUCCUUCACUCCGAGGACAUUCACCACCCCGCUCCUCUACCUCAACCUCGCAGGUAACCCUUGGAACUGUACUUGUGAUUCCCAAUGGAUACUGAAGAUUGUUCACCAUAAUGCCUCCAUCACAGCUACAUCCGGCACCAUCACUAUAAACACUCCCACAUGUUCCUCUCCGCUUCACCUGCGACAUCGAGAAUUGAUUUCCUUAACAGAGUCCGAAAUUUGUCUGUCUAAAGUGUCGGCAACAGACAGUCAAGUCGUGUAUGUUGGCGAUGACGUGGAUGGUUUGCUGAAAGAAUCUUUCGCUUCCCUCCACCUACUGAAUGUGACUGCCCUCAAUCAUCAGACACUCAUCAUCUCCUGGAGGGUUGAUGCUGAGUUCUACUCCCUCUCUAAACCUUCUUUUGAGCCUCUGUCAUGGGCCGUCACCCUGCGAGAAACACGAGAGGACCCUAGAAUGGCCGCAGCCACCAGGAUUAAGUUAGAAAAGUACAAGGAAGAGCGACAUGGUAGGAGGCCAAGCGACUCACUUUUCACGGACAUGUUGCAUGGUCUUGAGCCUGAAACACAGUACACACUUUGCCUAACGCCUGUUCAAGGGCAACACCUCUUUACUCGCCCAGAUAAUUGCCGUCAAGCUACAACCCUCGCCAAAAUAUUCUUUACCACUACAACUGCAACUACGACUGAAGCCCCGAGGAUGGUGCCCUUUGUAACCACAGAGAACUACUCUGUUAAGACUGAGAGAGUGAGUUUAGUACAAGAGUCUCGGCGCGUAAACUUGUCAUGGAAUGUCACCGUCUCUUACCAUCGCAAGUCCAACACGCCAGUUAUAUUACUUCAUCCUCUGGGUUGGAAGAUUUCGUAUCGUCGCUUCGGUGAGGAGAAUGAUAUGGAGGUUAUCCUGGUUAGCCGAGGUGGUGAACCAGUUCAGAACUUCACCAACCAUUAUUUCAUCGAGGGUCUUGAACCUGGCACUGGUUACACUGUUUGUUUCCGUCCCAUGUCUAACCAGGAAGUGAGUGAGUCAUUGGCCAGUAACACAAGCGGGUUAGGUGAUGUGAUUCCUCAAGCACAAUCUCAAGUCUCCAGGAACUCCGAGUUUUUCAUCGAGACUACAAGAGGCCGCAGUAUACAAUCACAUAUUGAAUACCAAUUUGUCGACACUUACGUUAACAAGGGUCUACCGUCAUCGCUGCCGGACAACUCCGAAAUUCAUACACGAAAACCUUCCAAGAAAAACUUUCAGUCAAAAUCAUCAACGCUUCAGUCACAAGGAAACAACUCAACAUUCUCAUCACAAGGAAACAAUACAACAUUCUCAUCACAAGGAAACAACCUAACAUUCUCAUCACAAGGAAACAAUACAACAUUCUCAUCACAAGAAAACAACCUAACAUUCUCAUCACAAGGAAACAAUCCAACAUUUUCAUCACAAGGAAGCAACCUAACUUUUUUAUCAGAGGAUGCAGGUCGAUCACCUCCUCGGAACAUACCACAAAUUCCAAAUUUUCCAUCCUCAGGAUCAUUUGUACCAAUCUCAUCGAACAUCACACCAGCGCCGCGCCUGCAAACUUCUCCCAAUCCACUUCGAACCCGGUCUGGAGGAAACUUUGUUUACACCAGCACUGGAGAAAGGAUUGCUCUUCCAGCGACGUCUUCUGGGUCUGUUUCCCCCUUCAGCUUGCCAUCUAUUGUUGGGCCGAGUGUAAACAUUGGAUCCAGAAGUCCACCGAUCUCUUCACCAUUGCCCAUUAACUCGAGACAGAGAUUCAUAUAUGAAUUUGAUGAAAAAAAAAAUGAAAAUCUCUUUCAACAAACUUUUCCAUAUGAUUUGACGACAGAAGCUCCUAGCACCACGACUCAAAGGCGCCAAUUGCAUACGUACGAAAUAAAAAGUAAGAGAUCAAUUACAGAAGACUUCGAUACUCGAUACGAAAAGACUUUAGAGUCUGAGAUCAUUCAGUACUGUCAAGAAAUUGUCACCGCUAAUGAAAAUGACAUAAUAGCACCAGUCGCUAUCGCUUCUGUUGCGUCCAGCUUGAGCACUAUGUUGCUGGUGAUAAUCUUUUGUUGGUGCUGCCCGAAGAAGUGCCGUCACAGGAAAAGUGAGAGGGGCGACAACACCCAAAAGAUCAACACCAUCUCUGCCCCAACACCUGUUAGCCUUUAUUCUGGUCACAACUCCAUCAUCACAGGAUCUGUCAUCGGCAAAAGUGAUGGAGAUCUAAAAUCCACUUCGUCUUCCAGGACGAUGUACCUAGAUUGUGGAGGCAAUAGCAACCCGGGGAAGACGGUGCGCUCAGUGUCGAUAACUUCAAGCUCCGGUUAUCUGACGCCUCUACAGAUACCCAAUGGAGUUGCUAAUGACCCUGGGCAAAUGCUCAGGAACGAUCAGAUAAAAUAUUUGGCUUCUAUGAAUGAUCGUCUCCCCCAUCAACACAAGGACUUACAGGACUUUCAUCCGGGCUAUGACAUUCCACCAACGUCAUAUCACAAGUCGCUCUAUGGAUAUGAUUAUCCUCAUCCGACUCCUGUUAAUCCAAUAGGGACUCACAACAGCCAAUGUGACAAACCAGAAACUCUUAAUGAAUUAAAAAUUUCCUCACAGGAAAACAGUGUCGCCAAUUACAAUUACCGAGAAUCAAGAACAAUGCAUCCAGAAAUGAACUUGAAUAUUCCUUUUGAUCAUAACAAGAGCUCUGAUUUAAGCAAGAGCAUUGACUUGAACAAGAGCCUAGAGUCCAACAACAGCCUUGACCAUAAUUAUGUAUCCCCUAAGGAUUUGGGCAACAAGCCUCGUACUUACAUCAAAAACGCACCAACAAAUUUUCGCCAUCGCAAGUUUAGCUUUCCACAACAAGUAACCAUUGAACAGUUGUCAUCAGAUACUUCGUCGAGUUCACAAAGCCAAGAAUAUAGUCACCAUCCCUUAUCGGUACCUAGACUGCUCAGCAACUCAGCCCCUGAUUUAGCUAACGUUGAAGAAAUUCCCACAUCCCUUCAAGAUGCCCAGGUAUCAGAAAAAACAGCUUCAGCACGGCUCAGCUACCAUAUCAGUAAUGAAAAAAACAAUUCUCUUCCGCGACUCUCCAAAGAGGAGUCAAAUGAGGUAAAAUCCCUGCCGCCCAUACACCCAUUGCCACCAAAAAGUCUAUCUAAAUCUAAGACACCAACUAAGCCCAAUGAGAUGAAUGGCUAUACAAACCUCCAUCCGUCUGAUGGUGACCCUAGUCAACAACGAAAUGCAAGAUCCAAAAAGGAUGGCGACGUGUACAGCACAUGGACCAGCACGCAUCCGAGUCAUACGAGAGGGCUGUCCAGCUUGGGUGAGGUGGUGCUCACCGGCGGGACCCUUAUAGAGGUGCCUGAGGGGUAUGUCGUUCCAAACCCUCCCAAACCAGCACGCUCCCUCAGGCUGCUUGUUCAGAGCCAACAAAGAGUUGAAAAUUCUGAGAUGCAUAAAAAAGAAACACCGGAGACUGUGUCGUCUCUUGCACCCCAGGGAAACCCACCGAGAAGACUUGCUCCCCUCGUAAUCCCUAAUGAUACCAAGGGAGAGAAAAGCCAGAUAACCCACAUCAUCACUCCCGAAAUAGAUUCAAAUCGAUUAGUAAUCAGGACAGGGAUGCCGGUAUAGUCAAAGAGAUUUUCUGUAGUUAUGGAUUUAUAGGUGAAGCGUUCUUAUGUACAUAAGAAAAUAUAUCUUAAUCCUUGUAAAUAAAACUUCACAAUGAAUAAUAAUAUCCAAACAUCAUAAGCACAACUUUACAUUGUGUUUGACAUUUAAUAUGUUUAUUUUAGAGGCUUGGGUUUCAGGUACAGUAGUGUACGGUACAUUGCUACUGGUGUCACCAAGCAACCUCCUUCCUCCUAGGUGCUGUCGUUCCACAUUGGUUACGUUCUCUGCCUCAGAAAUUUAAAUCGGAAGCGCCCCCUGCAGACGUUCCACUCCCCACUCUAUUCGAGGAUCCCAACGCUUUUACUCAAAACUGGAAGAGAUGGACCUUCAUCCACCUGUUCCCUCCACCCAGCAGCAAGCUCCUUCUCAAAGUGUGCUACAGGGCGGGUCUGACUAAAAGCUCCCCUGCGACCGUGGUGCAUGAAGCCUCUCUGGAGGUUCCCCAACCUCCUUUUUUUUUGAGUCACACUGUCUGGUAGGACAAAAUCUUGGACAAAUGGGGAAAUCCUUACUCUUACACGAGUGGCAUUUCUCCAUUCCUGCCUGAAGGACCGCAUCUCUGCGCGUGGUGGAAGACGUCCUCAUAGGGCUAAGGCCCUCAACCACAGUACCAGUCGUGCUGGAAGGCAUCCCAGAACCUUCUCAGGGAGAAAAUGUUGUAGGAUCUGAAGGGGUUAAUUGUCUUGCAGUUCAUAUCUCCCUCUUGAACGAGAAAAGACGGAUGGCACUUACCAUCUCUUCACUCGUAACAGUGCGCCAGCGAUCGGUUCAACUUCUCAAGAGGAGCUUCUUUAUUCAACGCUCUCCACCACACCCGGAAUGUCCCUUCUGGUCGGUCCAAAAAGUCCUCUCCUUUAAGGGGCAAAGUCUCGGCGUGAUUCCACAGUAGCUGACAGAAUACUGUUCUUCACAGCACUUGCAACGGGACUGCGGGCCUCCCAACUGGUAGCUUUAAUUCGCUACCCCAGCUGGCAGCUUUAAUUAUCAAGUGAGGCUGACGAAGGAAUCCGAAAGAAUUACUGCCUUCGUCACUCCUGAUGGGCUUUGGCAGUACAAAAUCCUCCCCUUUGGGCUUCGCAAUGCCCCUGGGACAUUCGAGAGGGCUAUGAAUGUGGUGAAGUCUGGGCUUCCUGGUGUCUGUGCUUACUUGGAUGACCUGCUAGUGACAGCAGCUACUUGGGAGGAGCACACGGGGCGACUUAGUGCCCUUUUCGCCCGCCUGUCGGAGUACAAAUUUAAUGUCAACCUGGCUAAAAGUGAGUUUGGCCAUGCAACCCUCACCUACCUUGGCCAUGUGGUGGGCCAAAGGAGGGUGACUUGAGUCAAUGCAAAGAUAGAAGCUCUACAGCGAAUCCCGCCUCGUGCUGAUCGAAAAGCUCUGCGUAGAUAUGGCAGGAUUCUACCAAAGAUUUUGUAAGAACUUUGCACAAGUGUCUGAUCCUUUGACAGACUUAGUCAGCCCCAAAAGAAGGGAUUUGUGGACAAAGGCAUGCCAGGUUGCAUUUGAAACCCUUAAACGCCUGUUAACCUCAAGUCCAAUGUUGAAAGUGACAGAUUUUGACAAGCCUUUUGUGGUUCAAGUUGAUGCCUGUAAUGUAGGUGUGGGUGCUGUGUUGCUACAGUUUGAAAACGAUAUACUACACCCAGUUUGCUUCCACAGUGUGAAACUAAAACCACAUCAGCGUGGUUAUGCCACAAUAGAAAGGGAAGCUUUGGGGCUUUUGUUGGCAUUAGAAAAAUUUGCAGUGUAUAUUGAGGGUUGACCAUAUACCGUAGAGGUGUACACAAUUCACAAUCCCUUACAAUUUGUACAGAGGAUAAAAAAAUAAAAAUCUAAGGUUACUGAGGUGGGCUUUAGCACUACAGCCCUCCAAUUUUUAAGUAAAACAUAUUAAAGGGAAACACAAUCUUUUAGCAGACACCCUGUCUCGUGACAUAUAAAAGUUUUCUUCUUUUGUUAGUAAACUUUUUACAUAAGGAGGGAGAUGUUCCGACUGUCCUCCAGAAGUUUAAUUUCUUAGUAUGAAAUACGUUGGUUCGGAUGGUGUGUGUGUGUUUAGCUCGAGCAGUUUUGCUCAUUACUCAUCCACAUUGAAUGAUUCAUGAUUUAAGUAUUAACUUUGCUUAUUACUUUGUGUAGUUACUAUAUUAUGUUUGAGUAUAUUAUAUUUUAUUGUAUUAGGUUUGUAUAUAGGUUAGAUAAGUGGAACUUAUGUCAAUAGGUAAUUUAGAUAAAGUUUAUGUUUUGGCCAAUCAGGAUAUAGUAUGUCAGUAUUUGGUAGUAGAGAGGUGACGUCGGUGACCUAAUGGUACACUCUAGUCAGUCUAGGCACAGCUGUCUUAAGUUAAGCUGUAUACCCUCUCUCUGGUGUUUUGGGAGUUGGCAUUUAAUUAUUGAGAAUUGUUUUGCUUGAUAUUGAUUUUGUGUGAUCUUGUUGGACCUUCAGUCCUUACUCAGCCACUUUCAAACAUCUUGUCGUAUUAUUAUUGUAAGUGAUUUUAUUCUAUGUAUAUUAUGUGGUGGUGGGAAUAAGUUAAUAAAUGUUUAUAUGUUUAUUGACUUGUUUAGGUUUUGACCUGUUAACUUCUCCUUUGUUGGGGGAACUUGGGAUUAAGAAUAUAAUAAUAAAUACUGAUAUAUUUGAAAGGCUUGAAUAAUUUGUGUUUAUGUAACGACCUACCCUAGGGUCAUAACAGUAUUCAACCUGAACGAAGGGUUCAAAGUCAUUUACCAAAAUGAAAAUGAUGCAGACAAACUGUUACCCACCAAGGCAAAACAAAUCCUUGCCAAGAAAGGAUUAAAUGUGGUCAUGCCUCACGAGCUAAGAGCCAGGAGAUCAGUUUUCGUAAGGAAACUAGAUUUUCAAAUAGGAGGGCAAACGGCAGACUUUCUGAAUGCAGACAUUGAGAAUAACAAUGAAGGACUUAAAGUAGAAGAGAUAAUCAAGAUAAAAGACUACACGCACGUAAUGAAGAUUUGUUUCGAAGAAACGGCUAUGGCAGACAAGGUCCUCCAGUGCGGCUUCUUAGCAUGCAACAUGUCGAUAUCCCCUCACCAAGUAAAAAGAGAAAAAUACAUCAGUCUCCUGACAUGUUUCACAUGGUAUGAAUAUGAAGAGCAUACCACAAGGGACUGCCCUGAAAAGGAAAAGAAAUUCUGCUCCAAGUGUGUAGAGGAAGGACAUGUUUACAUGUAGUGCAACAACACCAACAAAGGCUACGUAAACUGUAAAAGGAACGGGGACGUGCACCACACCCGCCCAACCAUGGCCAUGUCCUGCCCCAUCAAAAAGACCCUCAUCAAGUACAAGCAAGAGCAGGAAGACCAACGAGAAAGGAUGAAAGACCAGAGCACAUAUGCUGAAAUAGCAAAGAGGGCCGUGAAAGAGGCAACAAAACCAACUACUGAUACCAGAAUCAAAUUAAGUAACACUGAUCAUUACAAGGUAAUGUUGAUCAUGCUACAUGCUCAACUUCAUAACAUCAUAGCCCCAGGAUCAUAUGCCGACGAGUUCAAUAGGAUGCUUAAAAUAAAAACAUGCCGCCAAUGAAUUUUCGUGCAAACCCAAACUCAGCAAACUUGUUACACGCCACCAGCACCCCAGAGCUUAAUGAACACUUCAGACAACGAUUAACCACGCCCAAGGACACAAUACCACCGACAGACCAGGAUAACAUACGGGAAAAUGCUGAACGACCUGGAGACUUGACUGAGAAGGCGAGAGGCCCAAGACUGACACAAGGAACGGGAACAAAAAGGAAAUCAGCGGCCAAGAAGAAU